CUUAAGAGCCCUUGAAUUGUUUUAGUUAGAGAUACGUUCACGAGCUAAAAUAUUAUUCAUGAUUUCAUAAUUGUGUUUGAAAGACUGUGAAAUUCUUCCAGUGAUAUUUUUUCUUUAUUUGUUUUUAUUCCUCCACAAUGGAUGUAAGGAAAGGACUGCAGUUUGUUACCGCGUUAACUAUUGUCUUCCUUUGUGUUUUUACAGAACAUGGAUCGAGCCAACAGACAAGUACAGGAUGUCAGAGGUCAGGAGGAGCAUAUGCCUGGUUAAGUUGUCUUAUUGCCAGCGCCAACAAGGACAGAUGUAAUCCGUCAGGGUGCACGAGGUAUGCCGGGACGGAGUACGAAAAGGACCUGACAUGCUCAUUUCAAAAGCAGACGUGUGGCGGUUGUGUACCCCAAUACAAACUUAACGGAACAGAGGUCAGCUGUAAAGCUUUAGAGCAAACAGGCUAUGAAUGUCCACCAGGUGUUAGGAUGGAGGUGUGUAACCUAGACGCAUGCGUAGCGACCGUAUGUCGGCCAUACCUAACUGCCCCUUGCAGGAAUAAUUUUUGCGGAGGAUGUUUUGCCGAAUACGACGUUGAUGGUCAAUGGUGCAGAUGCCCCAUAGAAGUGUCUGCUAUUCAGCCUGACAGUCCAGUGAUUCUUGGCCAAACACUGGAGGGAUUUGCUGACCCUAUUGCAGCGUCCUCAUUUGCUGAUUCUCCCUCUGCGGCCCGAGAGACAAUCAGAACUAGUGUCAAACAGUCCAAACCAAUCUUACCGAGCACCUGUCCCAAUGGCGAGUUGCCAUGGGACUGUCCAGCCGAUGUCUGUACCAACGCAUAUUGUUCUGCCUAUCCCCAGGCCAAGUGCAGAAUCAAUAAUUGUGGAGGAUGUCAGCCAGAAUUCACAACCGGGAUUUACGUCAUCCAAGACUGCAACUCAAGAGAAUGCCCAAAGAAUACACUGGAAAUGGUUUGCAAAGAUGACCCGUGUAAAUACUCAACCUGUAAGAAGUACGAAGACAAAAACCCGGUCUGUAGACCCAGCCGCUGUGGAGGUUGCCGGGCCAUGUGGUAUGUCAACAAUCAGGAAGUGAACUGUUAUGAACAAUAUGGAGUUGAUGUGCCCUGUCCUAAUGGAGAAUCAAGACAAAAAUGUCCAAAAACAACAUGCAGAUUUAAAUAUUGUCCGGUUGACAGAAGUAUCACUUGUGUUAUCAACAAUUGCGGUGGAUGUCAUAGAGAAUAUCACAAACGCCUGGACUCCGGUAGAACGAUUGUAGUGGACGAGUCGAGGUGUCAGGGAUGGUGGAACAUCCUAACAAACAGAAAGAAGAAGCCUUUCUCCAAGAAGACACCUUUGCCAAGACCUGUGAGUGAGCUUUCUCCCAAUGAACUGGAUCCCAUGGCAAGACGGAAUAAACAGAGAACAGUAAAUGCCAUUGAAAAGUUUGAAACUGGGCCGAAGGAUAAUGUGCAGGUGGACAACCAGGCAAAGGCUUUUGUGGAAGAUACGAAUGCGCCAAUGAAUAUAAUGGAGCCUAAAGUGGUACCUAAAGUCCAACCUCCGCAAAUACCACAGGGUUUGCUGGAGGACCAGAGACCAGGAAUUCAACAGUUUAUGCCAAAAUCAAACUUCCCUGAAGUUCCAGCUGAUCCAUCAGCCACGCACGUACUGGAGAAUCCACUUAUUAAUCCGCCAGACACAUUUGUGGAGUAUCCACAAUACAUUGAUGCUACGCCAAGGAGCACACUAUUUGACAACCCGCAAAACCAUGGUGUAAUAGAAAAAACAAGUAAACCAUCUUCACUUCCGGGUAAGGUAGAGAUAAUAAACAAUCCUUUGAUCAUUGAUCAAAAUCCAACAAACCCGUCGUUGAUCGUGGAUUAUCCACAGGACUAUCCAGAAAUACAACAGCCAGUUGAGGUGAUAAAUAACCCACUCAUUGAUAACAUGCAGCCUCACUCUAAAAUAAACGCAGUGCCAUUUGAACAGAUUGCUUCUUCGGUCCAUACAAGUCCAUCGGGGGCAGUUAAAGAUGCCAAAAUUCAUCCCAAUAAGGAAGGUGCUCUUGGCUUCAAGGUAAUAGAAAAUCCCUUACUGUCAAAUCCUAUGGUACCAAAUAUUGCAGUAAAGGAGUUUGCCCCUUCAGUUCCUGCUAAUGCCAUAAAUGUCCAAAUUCUUGAUGCCUCUAAUAAAAGAAAAAUUGGAUCAGCUAAAACAGUAUCUAUACCAAAUAAGAAGAAAGACUUUCAACCAGUUGUUCUUGACAGAGUCAAUGUUGAAUCCAUUGAUCCCACGGCACCAGCUCCAUUUAUAAACAAUAAUGGAAAGGCAAACAUGAAAUCAAAAUCAUUAAAGAAACAUGCAAAAGCAUCAAACAUGAAUUUCUGGAGAACCGAUAUGCGGCUGCCAGCUGAUUUCUUCAAAUUCAUGCUUCAAGGAAUUGGGUUUCAUGGAAUUCCACUAGAGGGGAUCCAGAAGUAAUGCCGCAACAUUAGGGAUAACGAAUCCAGAUUGAAAUCCAUCAAGUCUUGAGACAUUUUUUUAAUCUACAAUUAAGUGCCAAUACAUUUUCUAGAUAAUAAUCAAAAAGGUUUGUUCGACAUAUUGGCUACUUUACCUUCAAGGUUGUUCUAAAAUGCUGGG